AUGAAUGGCAUAAUCACCCCCGAAAAGCAUCAAGAAACCGUCAAAUAUAUUCGGGAGGUUACCAGUGAAAUUGAGAACCCGAGGGAUGAAUUACAAAGCCAGCGAGAAGUGCUAUUGAAACAGGUGGAUAUCAUGAUCAACAGAACCCAGUGCGCAGACUGCAAAGCCUUUAUCGCGGCCGUGGAGGCGUUCUUCAAUUUGCGCAUCAUAGUCCAUGAGUGUUCGACAUAUCCAGACCACAAGCGGCCGAUUGAAACGGGCCUAUGA